ACUGAGAAGAGAUCGCCACUGGAGUGAGAUAGAUCAAGCGCGUGUGUGGGGGAGUAGUGGCGAUUGAUUAUGAGGUCCGCCCUCCUGUCACUAUGUUUCCACUUAGCCUUAGCCAUUACAAUGGCUGGAAGUGUUCUUGAUCUUGCGCAUAGUAGGGUGAUUGACAUAAAUCCACCACAACCUAGGCCAAUACCGCACCGUAAACCAAAACCCACGCCACGACCAGACCCAAAGCCAGAUCCCAAGCCAACACCACAGCCUCAACCAGAACCCACACCACGGCCGGACCCAGAGCCAAAACCCAAACCAAUACCACAACCUGAACCCAUACCUACACCACAACCAGAUCCAACUCCAGAACCAGAGCCAAAGCCAACACCACAGCCAGACCCAGAGCCAGGACCUAAGCCAUUACCACACCCGGAACCCUUACCCACACCAGAACCACUUCCAAAUCCACAACUAGAGCCAGAACCCAACCCAUUGCCACAGCCUAAACCCUUACCCACACCAGAACCACUUCCAAAUCCACAACCAGACCCAGAGCCAGAACCCAAGCCAUUGCCACAACCUGAACCCUUACCCACACCAGAACCACUUCCAAAUCCACAACCAGACCCAGAGCCAGAACCCAAGCCAUGGCCACAGCCUGAACCCUUACCCACACCAGAACCACUUCCAAAUCCACAACCAGACCCAGAGCCAAAACCUAAGCCAUGGCCACAGCCUGAACCCUUACCCACACCACAACCACUUCCAAAUCCUGAACCUGAACCAACACCAUAGCCUGAUCCGAACCCUACAUCACAACCUCAACCAAAACCAGAGUCUGGUCUUGAGGCAAGACUUAAGCCUACACUAGGACCUAAACCUCAGCCAUAACCUAAACAAAACCCCAAACCUUCACUUGGCCUAAAAAUAAUACUAGGACCAUCAAGGCCGGCACCCCAUCCGAUCCCUGAACCCCCACCAGAGUCUGAGCCAAAAACCAUAGCCUAAGCUUGAUCCAAACCUGAAGCCUUUGCCGAAGCCAAAACCCCAACCUGAGCCAUCCAAGCCACUGCCCAAGCCAAAACCAAAACCCUAGCCCAUCCAAGCUAGAGCCUAAAACAAGCCCCGAACCUACAUCAGUGCCAAACCCCCAACCACAACCAUCAAAGAUAGAGCCACCACCUCUUUAGCCACCCAUUGACAUGAGAAUCAUGGAAGGAAACUAAGAAGAGGAUAAUAGCACUGAUCAACGUGCAUACAACCUAAAGCUUCGCUAUGAGCAAGUAAUACCAUUUGUGUAAUUGUGAACUAUAUAUACACAAUACUAUUGUGUAUGAACUUAUAUGUGUACCCACUUGUUCUCAUGUAUGUUUCUAUUAGCAUGGCUUCAUGUAUAUGCUUUGCUAAGUUGUGUAUCAUCAAUGAAUUGAAUAAAAGGAACGAGCCUUAUAUGUCUUA